GGCCGAACACCAGUACACCACCCCAGACCUCACGACCACCAUCGUGAAAGCGCUUGCACCCGUCACACAAGACCCGCCGUCUGCAUAUCCCAUAUCCGUAGUCAAUAUACACAAGCGCAGAAGCUCCACGAAGCGCGCGCACUCUGCCGUACCUGCAGCCUCAGCUGUGACGUUGCCUGGCCUGCCAGCACCGCCGACCACCAGCACCACGCAAGCAACUGUCGCACGCUUUGCGCAAUCGCCCACGUCGUCCUCCUUGAUAGUCAGCGCCAGUGGCAGCCGGACGCCAUGUCGAACCAGGUGGUGGGCAAUGUCUACCAGCAGAUCAUCGAAAAGGUCAUCCAGGCUUCGCAGAAUGAUUUCGAGGAGUUCGGCGUGGACCAGUCGACGCUCGACGAGAUGAAGCAGGGUUGGCAAGAGAAGUUGUCUGCGCUCAAGGUCGCCCAAUUUCCCUGGGAUCCUCAGCCGGAGCCAGUGCGCCAACCGCCCACUGUGCCGUCGAAUGUCAAGGUCGACCAUGACUUGCCUCAGGUAUCCGCGGCGCCGGAACACGUGAACUUCCCUAAUGCUCAGAUCAAAACAGAGACUCCCUAUCAGCCACAUCCUCCUUCCAACUACCCUCAGGCCCAAGCCUAUCCGGGUGGUGGAUACGAUCAGAACCAUGGUCUUGCUCAACAGCGAGCACACAACCUGGUCAUGCAGCGUCAGCAGCAGAACAACAUGAUGCCACAACAGUCAAACUUCCCGAAUCUUCCUCAGCAGAACCUUCACCUUCCACCGCAGGGUCAGCACAUGUCCCAACAGCAGCGGAUGAUGGCUCCACAGCAGCAGCAGAUGCAGCGUCCACCCCAGCAGCAGCUACCCCAGCAGCGCCCACCACAACAGCAGCAGCAGCAGCAGCAACAACAGCAGAAUAACGGCAACCUCUACAACUCACAAACAGAUGGUGCCGGAGAAGGCCUGGAAGACUGGAAGGCGUUCCUCGCCGCACGGAGGGCCGCAGAGACGGAAGAGGGUCGUACCGCCGCUGACGAGUUUAUGCGCGCUCGUGUCGAUGCCAUGGCAAUGCAACAGGACAGUGGACUCAUGGUACCACUCGACUCGCUGCCAAAGGGCAAGAAGCGGAGAGCGGCGGUCAAGGUACUCCAGGCUAAGCAGGCUGAAGCAUCGUCGUCAACGGCGCCGAGUGCGUCAGUGCCCGGGAUGUUUGAUGGUCCCGAUGAUGAUAUUAAACCUGGCGAAGAAGACCCGGACGAUGCUAUCAACUCUGAUCUUGAUGACCCUGAAGAUGAUCUGAACGACGGGGAUAACAGCGAUGAUGACAUGGUAGAUUAUAUGCUGUGUACCUAUGAUAAGGUGCAGCGCGUCAAGAACAAGUGGAAGUGCACUUUGAAGGACGGUAUCUUGACCACGAACAAGAAGGAAUAUCUGUUCCACAAAGCCAACGGUGAAUUUGAGUGGUAACAGCUUAAUG